AUGGCUCACAAGGAUAAAUGGAUCAGCACCGAGAGCCAGCGCUUGUCGAAACAUUUCAAUGUCCCUGUCUCGCAGGAUACUCCACCUGGCUUCCCUGUCAACACAUUGCCUAUCCAACGUGCCCUGGUUUCCCUCUCGCUCUCGCACCCGCAAAAGGUCGAACGCGCUAUCGAACUCUUCUACCAAAACUUCUGGGUACAAUGGAAUGACCCGACCAAACCAGAGACUCUGCAAGCUAUCCUCAAAACGGUUCUAGACAGUGAUGAAGAAGCGCGGAAAGUAAUUGAGAGGACGAGGACGGAGGAGAUAAAGCAGAAGUUGGGGAAAAAUACUACCAAGGCGUUUGAAGACGGAGCUUUCGGACUGCCUUGGUUUGUCGGUGAGUGCAAGUUUGAUGCCCUAUCUCGUAACUAA